UGCAAACUACCGUCAGCAGGUAAUUCAGUUUAAAUACAAGCGUGAGCUGAUGCUAGCUUCACCUGGAGCCACACAACACGCAGUCUACAUUUGGACCACGUUAGGUUUCUUGUGCUGGCAAUGGGGGACAUGAAGACCCCUGAUUUUGAUGAUUUGCUGGCAGCUUUUGACAUUCCCGACAUUGAUGCCAAAGAGGCCAUUCAAUCAAGUCCGGAGGAGGAACAGGAUGAAGAAGGGGGAGAGAGUGGGUCUUCCUCGUGCUUCCACUUCCCUCCGGCCUCGCACAGUGACCUCCCUGUGGUCAGUGUAAUUGUGAAGAACACCGUACGGUCUGAGUCCUUAGAAGAGGAGGAGAAGUCACAGAGCAAUAUAAUUGUCACAGUGGGGGACCUCACAUCACAGUUUGGUCCAAAAAUGCCUGCAGAUGCCCCCGUGGAGCCACAUAUUGCCAAUGGCUUCGAGGGAUCCAAUGCAGAGCCAUGGCAAGCUUGUUCAUCGUUGAGGUCCUCACUGAAUGCUUCUCAGGUUAAACAUGUUAAAGGACCGGAGGCUGGAUUGGUCCAACACGUGACUGAUGUCAUUAAAAGUUUGAGACCCCUGCCCUACCUCCAGUCUCCGACUAGAGCUGGUCCUAACUCCUCAACUACCCCCUCCCCACACUCAGGCAGUCCUCAGCAUCCUCGUGCCUCCCCUAAAAAGGACCCCACUUGUCUCCUCAGUUAUCCAUCCUCUCCCCCUUCAUCACAAAAUGGGAGUAUUAAGGCUGGAUUUAAACAUGUUAUGCACUCGGAUGAAGAUGACUCAGAACCUGACUUUGGAAGCCCGCUGGUGAUCCAGGAGAGCCCAGAAUCUGUAAUGUCCUCCCCUCCAAAAUUUAAAUACAGGGCCAAACUACAGUCCGAGCUUCUUGCGUCUCCUGAAUCCCAUCCCUGUGUUGUCUCUCAUCGUCCUCUGCCUUCUCUUGCACCUGCAAAACCUCAACCCAAACUUGAGGAGCAGGGGCCAACUACCACCCUCGGUUGUCUCUCCAAAGCUCCUCAACCACAGCGUCCCCAGGACUGCCUCCCCUCCCUCAGCACAGGCUCUGCAUCAGGCCAAGAGGAUACAUACCCAGAGCAUGUGAUCGAUGAGCGGGACUCACCUGAGAGCCCACCACCCAGCGAGACAGGUCUUGUCGUCCCGAAGAGAUGCAGAAGUCCGGAUUCGUUCCAAGCAACGGCAAAGCACAAUAACUUGGGUCAGGAAGAGGAGCUCAUGGAAGAUGAGCUGAAAGAAGAGGACAAGCCAGGUGACGCUGAGGAGCCGAGUGCAAAGGGGGCUGGAGAUGGGGAGAAUUUCAGCGAGGGCACUGAGGGUCCGGGGUCUGCUCGCGCUGCAGACACAUUAUCAUCUCAAUUGCGUCCCCUCAAAGUAAAAAUCAAGAUACCUCCAGGUAGCAUUGCAAAGACUGUGAGUGGUGCUGGCCCUAAAAAAAGUGGGAAAACUAUUCCAAAGGGUGUGAAUAGUUCAAAACCUUCACUAGAACGUCACAACACGAGAUCCAAGAGGGAAUUAUCGCAGAAGGUUCGGUUGCCUGCAACGGCGAUGCUCCAGGAUGCCUGUGCUGCAACGCUGGAAGGUGCUAGUACGGUCAAAGACAAAAGCACAGUGGACGCCAAGCCUAAAGUUUCCCCAACAGCUGUCAGCAUCACCAAAACCGCAGCUCUGCCCACCAUCUCCGUCGCCACACCGAGGGUCACUCCGGGUGGGAUCAACAGUCGCAGCCUGGGUCAUAAAGCUCUGAGCAGCGGGAUGACGCUUCCCGCACCGUCACCGUUGCUCACGCCUCAAAGUAGCAGCAGACCAGCCUCCAUUGUGAACAGCACCGGGGCGAUCAUAUCCAAGACUCAGACCAACCUGGUGGAAGCUUUCAACAAGAUCCUCAACAACAAGAACCUCCUGCCCAGUUACAAACCAGAUCUCAGCUCCCCGCUGCCUGCAGAGUGGGGUCUUCCUCUACCUGCACAGGGUUACCGCUGUUUGGAGUGCGGCGACGCCUUUGCCUUGAAGCAGAGCUUGGCGCGGCACUACGACCGCCGCUCGCUGAGGAUUGAGGUGACCUGUAAUCACUGCGCCAAACGGUUGGCCUUCUACAACAAGUGCAGCCUGCUGUUGCAUGCCAGAGAACACAAGGAGAGAGGCCUGAUCAUGCAGUGUUCACACCUGGUCAUGAAGCCUGUUCCAGUGGAGCAGAUGAUUGGCCACCAGGAACCCACGGCAACUGGAUCAUCAUCCUCUUCAGGCCAGGCCCCCCCAGCACCCGUGGCACAACAAGUAGUCUCCAAGAAGAAAGCCCAGGCCCUGCAGUACAUCAGUAAUAAAUGUUCUGAGUGUCAGGAUCAGUUUCAGAGCAAAGAAGAAGUGGCUGAGCAUUUCCAAGAAAUCAAACCAACUCAAACCUCUUCGUGCACAGAGUGCUCUCCUCCAAUGCUCCUGCCAAACAGCUGCAGCUUCGCAGCUCAUCAGCGCAUCCACCAAGGCAGUCCGCCACAUGUCUGCCCGGAGUGUGGGGGCACGGCCAAGCAGCCGCUCUUUCAAACGCACCUCGACGAGACCUGUUUACACUUUGCACGACGCAUUGGAUACAGGUGUUCAAGUUGCCUGGUGGUGUUUGGGGGGCUUAACUCGGUGAAGUCUCACAUUCAACAGGCUCAUUGUGAUAUGUUCCACAAAUGCCCCAGCUGCCCUAUGGCUUUUAAAUCUGCUCCCAGCAUACAGAACCACAUCACUUCCCAACAUCCAGCGGUCACUGAAGGACAGACCAUGUCAAUAUAUAAAUGUGUCAUGUGUGACACAGUUUUCACAAACAAGUCCCUGCUGUACGUCCACUUCGACACUCACUUAACCAAUCAGAAGGUGCAUGUGUUUAAAUGCCCCGAGUGCACCAAGUUGUUUUCUCAGAGGAAUUCCCUUCUGGAUCACUUCAAGACCCAUAAGACUCCCACGUUAAAACAAGAGGUACCUUCACCUCCAGCUGCUUCCUCUCGGUCGCAGCCCUCAGUGAAGUUGGAGAGCUCAGAUAAAGAGGAGUGGAUGGAUGAAGAGAAAGGGAAGAAGGAGAGGAUGAAGGCCCCCUCCGGGUGGAAGUGUGCACCUUGCCAUGCACGCUACACAGACCGGGAUGACUACAUUACCCACAUGGCUGAACAGCAUAGCAAGAAUCUAAAGAAGUUUCCUUGUAACAAGUGUGAGAGCUCCUUCACCACCACCUCUAGUAUGAGACGUCACAUCAGAGACAAACACAAAGUAAUGAACCGCUUCCGCUGCCAGUUCUGUAGUGAGGGUAAGAAAACAUUCAGCAGCAGAGCGACGUUGGAGAAACAUGUUCAGCAAAGACACGGCACGGAACCAGAGAGCCAGAACACACCGCUAGCAGGCAGUGAAGGGGCCGACAGUUCCUCAGAACAGGACGAGAGAGGAGCAGGGCCGACGGAGCAGGAUGAAGAGUCCACAGACGGAGUGAGUCCAGUGAAGAAGUCGCGGUCCUCCUCCUCCUCCGCCCCGAGCUACCUUCCUGAGUCUGGUUUCCGCUGCUCCCCCUGUGGCUUCACCUCGGAGGACCAGGCCGUGUUCCUGGAGCAUAUCGGUCAGCACCGACGAGGAGGGACGGAGGGCGGGAACGGCGGCCAGCAGUGUCUCCAGUGCGGCGCCUGCUUCACAUCCCUCUCUGCCCUGUCACGCCAUCGCUUCAUCACCCACAAAGUGAGGGAUGCCUCCUCUGAUAACCAGCAGUCCACCGGUUUGCACCCGGCACCUUCCCCUGGCACCCACAGGAACCAUGAGGACAAGAGUUCUGUGGACAGUUCUGCACCAGCGUCGCCCUCCUCUCAAUCCUCCUUCGCUCAGGGGAAGGAAGAGGAGGGCACACUGGCCUGUCGAGUGUGUGACAAACAAUUUGAAAAGGCAGCCGAUCUGACCACGCACUUCAGAACUCACGGUAUGGCUUUCAUCAAUGCAAGGAACGCCGGAAAAACUCCCUAAAUACGUAACAGUUGUCGGUUGAUGAUGACAGAAUAUUUGCAAGUGCCUUGUAUACUGUCGACGUGUGGCGUGGCACACUUUUGCAAGAAUUUAACCAAAUAAAGGUGAUGUAACUGAUUUACUAUUUGAAUAGUUUGUAAAACAAUCAAAUGUGAUUUUUACAGGUGAGGAUAAGUUUAAUGUUUUUCUUGACACUCCGGUUCUAAUGCUGCAUUUCUGUUCUGUGGUCAGGGGUGAUGACACACUCGAGUUUCUUCUUCUGUCUGAACACCUGGUCCGUCUCGUGGCUGCGACCCGUUCACAGAAUGCGCCCGGACAGAAUCGUGUUCCGACGUCGGUUAUGAGGGCCGUUUCAUCGCACGUUGAUACUCGGCGAUGGAAUGUGUCCGUUUUCAUUUUAAUACUUUCCACUGAGGAGACGUAUGAACGGCAACACAGGUAUCUGUUUAGUUUGGUCCCUACAUAUUCUUUACAAAGUAAUUGCAGCUGGUUCAAAUGUUACCUCGGUUCCUAUGAAAUGUGAAUACUUAUUUACAUUUUCAGAAACAAACGAUAACAUUUUAUAUUGAUUUCCACUUUCAAAAGCAGCCAUUGGCGUCUGUACUUUGCUAAAAUAGGUAACAAUCAAAGUUCCUCUGUGUGUUUUCACGCAGGAUGUUUUCUUGCUGCCCGACUGCUGGAACUUCAUGUUGGACUCUGUUGUUAAACACACUGUAUGUUGUCCUCAUCUUGUGAAAGAAUGUCUCUGCCAGCUUGACAAUAACUUUCAAUGAUAUCUCGAGACAAUUGAUUAUCAUGUGACCCCAACCUUUUAAAUGUUUACCGGUGUUGAUAACAUGUGUGUUUAUAUUCUACUGAAAUUAAAAGUGACUCUUAUGGUAUACAAUUCAAAUACUUUGCUUUGGGAAAUGGUCAGCAAUAAUCUGAAGUGUACACGAUAUUUAGUUAAUGGUGUAAAACUGUAUGAAUGUUACUGUAUUAACUGAUUUGUUCCUUCUGUGAGCGAGAGGUGGAAGUAAAAUGUAAUAUUUUGGCUUUUUCUAAAUCUUGCUUUAUGAAAUUACUGUAAACAAAAGAUCAGGAUGUGUGUGAUGUCUCUUUCUUUUGCUUCUGCUGUACGAUGAUAACAUGUUGAACUCUAUUUAUCUUCAGUCUUUGCACUGUGAAAGAGAAAACCUGAUGUUGCAGCAUCAGCGGGUUGUGUUCUAGUUCGGUAGGAGUCGGUUUAGAACCACAUGAAAUGUGUUUUAUUUUCCUUACUGUUAAACUCAAUCUUUGUGUGUUGAAAGUUCGGUAGGAAUACCGUUCGGUCAUGGGUGCUUGGAGGAUGUCGAGGGAUUUGUUUUGAUUUAGUGGCACUUUUUUAUUGUUCAUGGCUGAAAUAUCUCCGGCCACAGGAUCGACUGGAGAUAUCUCACUUUUUGAUUUCCGUGUGUUUUCAGUGUUCUAGUUCACUUUUCUGUUCCUGCAUUGAAAAAGACAAUUUCUAUCCAAAAGUUUAAAACGAAUAUAAAUUAAUAAAAAACUGGCACAUUG